UCUACUUGCUGUCGGCCGAGCACUGGGCACCCAUAGAGUCCGCCCCCCGUGCGCCCACUCCUGCUGUAACCGCCUGCCUCCUCAGCGCUGCUGCUGUCUCCCAUGGCCCCCGAGAUGGACCAGUUCUACAGGUCCACCAUAGCCAUCUACAAGAGCAUCAUGGAGCAGUUUAACCCUGCCCUGGAAAAUCUGGUGUACCUGGGCAACAACUACCUCCGGGCCUUCCAUGCUCUGUCUGAAGCAGCUGAGGUGUACUUCAGCGCCAUCCAGAAGAUUGGGGAGCAGGCCCUGCAGAGCUCCACGUCACAGAUUCUGGGGGAGAUCCUGGUUCAGAUGUCAGAUACCCAGCGGCACUUGAACUCAGACCUGGAGGUGGUGGUGCAGACCUUCCAUGGAGAUCUGCUUCAGCACAUGGAGAAGAACACCAAGCUGGACAUGCAGUUCAUCAAAGACAGCCGCCAACACUAUGAGAUUGAAUAUCGCCACCGAGCAGCUAACCUGGAGAAGUGCAUGUCUGAGCUGUGGCGGAUGGAGCGCAAGAGGGACAAGAACACUCGGGAGAUGAAGGAGAGUGUGAACCGGCUGCAUGCGCAGAUGCGGGCCUUCGUGUCUGAGAGCCAGCGAGCGGCAGAGCUGGAAGAAAAGCGGCGUUACCGCUUCCUGGCUGAGAAGCACCUGCUGCUCUCCAGCACCUUCCUGCAGUUCUUCGGCAGGGCCCGGGGGUUGCUGCAGAACCGCGUGGUGCUGUGGAAGGAGCAGUCGGAGGCCAGCCGCAGCCCGUCGCGCGCCCACUCCCCGGGGCUGUUGGGCCCUGCGCUGGGGCCGACCUACCCCUCCGGCCGCCUGACGCCCACCCGCCUGGACAUGCCCCCGAGGCCCCUGGGAGAGUUUGGCUCCCCCCGCAGCCGGCACGGCUCCGGCUCCUACGGCCCCGAGCCCGCCGAGGCGAGGUCCGCGUCCCAGCUGGAGCCAGACCGCCGGUCCCUGCCCCGGACGCCGUCGGCCUCCUCGCUCUACGCGAGCAGCACCCAGCGUUCUCGCUCCAAUUCCUUCGGCGAGCGCCUGGGCGGCGGAGGUGGCGGCGCCAGGAGAGUCCGCGCCCUGGUCUCCCACUCCGAGGGUGCCAACCACACGCUGCUGCGUUUCUCGGCUGGAGACGUCGUGGAAGUGCUGGUGCCCGAGGCCCAGAAUGGCUGGCUCUACGGCAAGCUGGAGGGCUCGUCCGCAAGUGGCUGGUUCCCAGAGGCCUAUGUGAAGCCUGUGGAGGAGAUACCUGUGAACUCCAUGAACCCCAUGAACGCCGUGAACCCUGUGAACCCCAUGAACUCCAUGGCCCCCAUGAACCCAAUGAACGAACUGCCUUCCAGGUCCUACCCACUCCGGGGCAGCCACAGCCUCAAUGACCUCUUGGAUCAGCCCGGCAACCCCACAACGUCCUCAGAAUACUGGGAUGGCCAGUCCCACUCCCGGAACCAGAGUCAUGUCCCCAGCCAGGCAGCCAGCCCUACACCCACACCCUUGCCCGGCAGCCGGAGGAACAGCAUGGGCAGCAUGGGGGCGGCUGCUGAUGUCAAGAAACUUAUGUCCUGGGAACAGCACCCCCCAGAGCUCUUCCCAAGGGGCACAAAUCCCUUUGCUACCGUGAAGCUGCGUCCCACCAUCACCAACGACCGCUCAGCGCCCCUCAUCCGCUGAGGUGCCAUCCUCCACCAGGGCCUGAGGUGGCCAGCAGCCCGCCUAGGGCUGUUCCAGCCAGCAGCAGCGGCAGCAGUGGGGCCAAGAUGCCAGGCCCUGAUACCCCAGGACGGGGAGGGAUGGUGAGGGGGGAGACUGUCCUUCCCCCUCUGCCUGUCGCCCAGCAGCUCCCUGUGGCAGGGCCUGCGGCCAGCCAUGGAGCAGGCAGAUCUGGAAGACAGAGCAACUUGCUUCUUCCAGGGGCCCCAAGACUCUCCCCAGGGCCUCUUGCCUCCAGCCUCUCCUCCCUUCUAUCCUGCCCCCCAGGAGAGGCUCCCCUUGUUCCAUCCCUGUCCCUUACUCAUCCCUGUUGAACUUUUAUAAAUGGUGAACAAAAUAAAGGAAGUGG